CUCCUCGGCCCCAAGCCUCUUACUCCAUCGUCCGUUGCAACUCUCCCCAGCCCCCAUUCAAUCCUUCUUGUCUCCCUCCCUCCGGUCCUUUGGCGCCUCCGCCCCCAUCUGGGCAGGCGUGGGCUCCUUUGCUGGGGUUGGGGUCAUUCUUGGCUCAGUGUGUGUAUUUUUAUUAACCCGCUCUGCGGAGUGUGAAUCCACCGCUUUCAGUGGAAGACUAGCUCGGAUCCUCCCGAAGCCCCGGGCUAGCGUGAGCUGAGCGGGGACCGGGGUAGCCCAGGAGUCUAGUCUCGGGUGGCCUAGUGCGUGGCGUGGGCGCCUUCCGAAGGUCGGAGGCUCAACUCCCAGUUGGGGCGGAGCACGUGCGGGACCCGGGGGGAAGCUACCGCAGGCGGGACGACGGACGCACAUUUUGCAGACAAUAGUAUUGCUCGGCCCGUCCACCUCCCAGUUGCUGUGAUCAUCAAAUAAAAUGAUGCAUGUGAGAGCAUGAAUUCUUGCAACGGUUCCAAAGGGUGCAUAAUUCCUCGGCGGCCCUCCGCGUCUUGCCUCUUCAAGCCGCAGUUGGAAAAUUUAAAAUUUUCAAGGUCAAAGAUGUGAUGUUCUGAAUCUAUGAAGUACCUUACUGCUGGCACAAAUAUUUCCAUAACCAAUGUCCCCAGCUUUCCAAGAUCCAGAAGAAGAAAUCAUAAGUAGAAACGAAAGCCUGAAAGGCCAUGAUGGCAGCGAAGCCCAAACUCCACUAUCCUAACGGAAGAGGCCGCAUGGAAUCCGUAAGAUGGGUUUUAGCUGCCGCUGGAGUCGAGUUUGAUGAAGAAUUCUUAGAGACAAAAGAACAGUUGCAGAAGUUGCAGGAUGGUAACCACCUGCUGUUCCAGCAAGUGCCCAUGGUCGAGAUUGACGGGAUGAAGCUGGUGCAGACCCGAAGUAUCCUCCACUACGUCGCGGAGAAGCACCACCUCUUUGGCAAGGACCUCAAGGAGAGAACCCUGAUUGACAUGUACGUGGAGGGAACGUUAGAUCUGCUGGAACUGAUUAUCAUGCAUCCUUUUCUAAAACCAGAUGAUCAGCAAAAGGAAGUGGUUAACAUGGCCCAGAAGGCUAUAAUUAGAUACUUUCCUGUGUUUGAAAAGGUUUUAAGGGAUCAUGGGCAAAGGUUUCUCGUUGGUAACCAGCUGAGCCUUGCGGACAUCAUUCUACUCCAGACCAUUUUGGCUCUAGAAGAGAAAAUCCCCAAUAUCCUGUCUGCGUUUCCUCAUCUCCAGGUAAAUAAAACCCUGUUUUAGAACAUUGGCCCAGAA